GCGAGCCUGCCCCUUUGCGAACGGGCGGGGCCGGUGAGCAGCUCCGGCCCGCUUCCCUCGCCGAAAUUCGGCUUGCUUGCGUUCCGCUGGAAGUUCGCGAGGUUCCUCCUGCCGCGGCAUCGCUCCUCAGGAUCGAGCUACGCCCGCUGCAGCCGGGCAGUGAGGUUUGCCUGCGGCGCCAUGGACCGCUUCCUAGAGGAGGGGGAGGCGGCGGCGGCGGCGAAGGGGAAGGGGAAGCGGAAGGGGAAGGGGAAGGAGAGCCCCGCCGCGCUGUUGGCAAGCGUCCUGCCGCCCAUCCUGUACCAGCCCUUCCUGCCGCCGUCCUUCUACCGAGCGGCACCUUCUGAUGAACACAAACUCACCUUCAAGAAAAGCAAGGAAAUGUGUUUAAAUUACAUUCAGGAUGCCAUGCUGAAAAAUCAGUGGAAAAGAGCUGCAGAGUUUCUGACCUCCUAUGUUGAGUCACUAGAGAAGGACUAUUCUAGAGAACCUGUGGGUCCAUCAGAGACUAUUUGGAGAAUAGGAACUGAAAUUUUGUACCAAAGCCAUUGCAGCAUGAAAGAGUUCAACUCUUUCAUAGAACAAAUGAAAACUUUAGGAGUAAAAAGGUAUUUGAAGAUUUGCUUAGAGCAUGCCUUUCAUCUCCUUUGUAAUGGACUAAUAGAUGAAGCUUACGAAAUCCUGUCUGAGGCAGAAAGCUGGAGGUAUGGAGAACGAACAGCCAGUCAAGAUAGAGAUAUGAAACUGAUUCAGGCUUACAGGGCCCUGUUGGACUAUAAUCGCUGGUCUAAGCUGAGGGACAUCCUGUUAGAGCGUGGUCAGGAUGGCUUUGAAGAUUUGUCUGUUGAACAGGAAAUGCACAGUUGCUUUCGGAAGGCAGCAGUGAACUUCAAGGAGAUUAUUAAAAUACCUGGAAUCUGGGAUUCCUUUGUGAAAGGUUAUGUGGAUAUGUUGGAGUUCUAUGGAGACCUUGACGAAGCCCGCCAGGUAUUAAAUGAAUAUGCCUACAACCCAAAGUUUCCUGCUAAUCCCAAUGCUCAUGCUUACCUCUAUCAGUUCCUGAAGAGGAAUGGUGAAUCUAAGAAAUCACGCAUAUCUGCACUGAAGAUUUUGCAUAACACCGUUCCUUCUCAUAUACUGAUGAUAGAUUUUAAUCUCAUGCUUCAAAAAUCAAAGAAAAGAAAAAGACGUCGACUGGGGCUGGAAGUUAUUUUUGCAGUGUUGGAUUAUGCUGGCUGUAACAAAAAUGUAAAAGCAUGGAGCUGUUUAGCAAGACAGAUGAAACAAAUUGUAAUCUCUGAGAAGCAUCUUAACUGGAUCAAGAAAGAAUGGAGCUCCAGAAAGGACUGGUGGCCAGCCUUUCAUUUUAGCUCUUUUCUGGCAAAAAAGAAUUGGAAGGAAAAUGAAAGCCUUUCCUAUCAAAAAGCUCUGGUGGCUGGAAUCUUACUGGGAAAGGAUUGCAAGUACUUUAAAUAUGUGUCACGCAAAGGCUGCAAAGCUCAAGUGAAGAGGUUUCGUAUACUGAAGAAAUUUGUGAAGAAGCAUAAUCCUGUCUAUCUGAGACUGUCUGGACUUUAAGAUUCCUCUGUACAACCUUGAUUAGAAAGCAUCCUUAAGGUUCUUGCUGUACUUUUUCCUCUCUGUGAAACUGACUUAAUGGUGCUAUUCUAAAACUUCUAGGUAGACCGUAUCAACUUAGUACUGGGCUUUGUUAUAUAUUUCUGUAAAAAUGCUCUGGUUUGUAUUUAUUUUACAAUAAAAUGAAUAGAAAUCAACUGA